CUCAGCUUUAGCCUGACGCUUUAAGAGGCUUGACUUCCUGUAGUUUCUCAUCGAACAGGUUUUAAGGCAUUCAUUUGUGAACUAUGCGGGGGGCCUAACAUUUCCAUCAAAAACAUAGAUCAGCGAUACAAACAGAAGAUUGCAAUGGUGACUAACAGACAUUGGUGUGUAUCAGUUCUUGUUUUGCUGUUCACUCUGAACAAUCUGGUCACAUCAAGAUAUCUCUCCAGGAUGAAGAAGGAAAUUAGCUACGACACGACAUCCACAAACACCAUUGACAGACACAGUACAAACAUAACUGGACCUGAGACGGUAAGGAUCACCACUGUGGACCAUUUGAAGGCUAUGAGUGCACAAACCAUUGUGGUUAAAACUGAUAGACCUGAUUUAAACGUCUCUGUGACAAGUAUGGACCACCAAUAUAUUUCAAACUCGAGCUACACCCAAAAAAAUGAAGGGAAUGAGACUUCGGGAAACCACUUCAAUGGAACUGAGAGUGUGACAGUCAGCCAACCAACAGGUAAUGAGAACACUUCGUACACCCAACAUCCUAAGAGAAAUGAUAGUAUUGGACAUGUUUCACAAGCAGGAAGUUCUGCCCCCACAUUUCCUGCAUUGUUAGGUCCCAGUGAGGUAACUGAAAUGCAUACAACAGCAGCUACAACAACAAUUCCUUCGGAUAAUUCGACAACAUCUACUGCACCUCGAUCAACGUCUUCACGCGUCAUUCAAAACCAAAUGUCAACCACGGAAAAGGCUCCCUUGUGUUUCACAACUUCUCCUCAGAGGGAUGGACUUGUGAGUCACUGCCUUAUCGCCAUUGCUUCAAUGGCUGCCCUGACAACCAUCUUUAUCAUAAGCACCAUCUGUCUGGCAACCAAACUCUCCAGAUAUAGAUUCAGACACAAGGCACAUCUUCUUCUCCAGGAGACAGAGAUGGUCUGCAUUUCUGCCUUGAUGAAUGAUACUGAUCACCCAGUUCCAAAGCCAAGACACCCCAAGUGUAAUGGAGCAUUGAUCCCUAAUACUGAGGAUGGAGAUCCUGAUGGAGAUAAUCUGACCCUGAACAGCUUUCUUCCUGAUAAUGAUGGCCCACUUUAGAAGUUACAAGUUUCUUAUGCAUGCACUGAGCUUUUGCUGAAGGACUCUAGUGAUAGACCACAGAAAGACAACUGCCAUGAGAUUACAUUAAGUCACUGCUUUGCAGUUAGAACUAAAUCAUCCAGACAUGAUAUAAACCCAGCUCUAAAACAUUCUGCCUACCUUUACAAUGAAUAAAAAACUAAAGGUAUAGUGGCCAAAAAGCCAUUAUGUGGAUCACUGGCUUAUCAUAAGGCUUUGAAGCACUUUCCUAAAACCACACAAACAUCGCCCAGUGGUCAAUUUAAUGUGUGGGCUUACAUCUGGAAGACGUAUUGUUAAGGUUGUUUGCUCAACUGCAUAUAAGAAGUUUCAUUUCAAAUGUCUAUUGGCCAUUAAGCAGAUGUUUUUGAGAUGUUUUAGAAUGUUUGAAAACCUGAUCUUUUUAAGAUGUUUAGCAAAUGUUAAUUAGAACGCUUUCCAGAUGAAAUGUGUUCAAACAGACAUCUCGUAUAUGUACAUUUCCUUUCUGGGUACGCUUUUGUUUUUCUACGUAAACAUGCGCUAGACUGACAUCUUUGACUGUUGCUCCACGUCUCAUUGUUUAUCAGCAUCAACAUGCAGGAGUGCAAUAUUUUUUAGACUCUGUGUAACCUUAAAAAAGCUCCUUGAGUCACCUGCGUUCUGCUCUAUUUGUUGCUUUUCAUCUAGCUUUAUUUCCCGUUUAGUCUAUACGGCACCUUAGUAUAAUUUAUUUGUUCAAUACUGAAUAAUAAUGAACUAGACACUUUUAUAUUUUUUAUGUUUUUGUAUGCCUGAUAGCAGUUUAAAUCUUUAGUUCACAAUUUUUGUGCUGAAAUACUAUAAUACACUUGGCAGAAUGUAUUACUGAACAUGCGCUAGAAUAUGUACUAUUCCUGUUUGUGGUUAAAGUAGUGCCAUAUAAUUUAGAGAGAGUAGACCUAAAAAAAAAUUCAAGUCUUUAAGCUUUUAGUAUAGCAUUGGUGCAAAUGUACAUAAAAUGCAAGCAUUUAAAUGUACUCUGAUUUUUUUUGCUUUUGUACAUAAGGCUUUUCCAUUGUCUCCUUUUUUGAAUCAAAGGAAAUAAAAAAUGCUGUGACACAAGUCAAAAGGAUUGGCACAUCUGGGGGAAAAAAACAGAAUGAGAAAAGAAAUGCGAUUCUCAGAAAAUAUAAAUCAUAUUUCAGUCUUUCACAUAUAGGUCCUUUAAUUUUUGCUUUGUUUUUAAUAUCAUAUUUAAUAUAAUAACAAACCUUUAUUGUGUAUGUAUGACUUCAGAUGUCGAUAGGCUAAUAGACCCUGUGUAUAUCAUGUUUAUAUACCUGUACUGUUCUGUUUGUUCAAGUGCUUGUCAGAAAAAUAUAUUGCCCAGUGUUCAGAAAACCUUCUUCAAGGGCAUCAUGCCAUCAAUUACUUAGCAGGACUCUCAGUGAGUAUUCUGUUAGUUAUUUAGAAAUAACUAAAUGGUGUGCAAGGCCUGAGACCAGUCUGCAAUAUUUACCCUGCUACUGUUACCUGAAUUAAUUUUGUAAUUGUUAAAUAAAUCAUUA